AAACUUUAAUUUUAACAGUUCUUCCAAAAACAACUACAUACACAUACAACUGUUAAAACAACAAAAUGGUGACAUACAGAGAUAUUGUACCUAUUGGUACUGGAUUGAUUAUAGCAGCUUCUAGUUUUGGUCUUGGAGUUGUGUACUCCUCUUGGCCCUAUGAUGUCAAUACCCUUUGGAGAUAUGAAGAAGGAGCAAUUGAUGUUUCAAUUGCCCAUUAUCAACAAUGGGCCAACUCUCCAAUGUACAUCCAUUAUACAUUACAAGCUGUUGCUGGAUUGGGUCUCCUUGGAUGUUUUAUCAAGUUGUACAAGCCAAAUGAAGAUGCAAAAUAUUUUGAAUAUGGUACCUUGGGUUUAUUGAUGGUUGGUUUAAUUAUCUACUUAACUAACUUAAGAACUGGUAUCAAUUCUUGUAUCACUGGUAAUUGGGGUGAAGUUGAUGCUGCCACUGGAGUCAAUGUCAUGGCUGCUUCUCAAGUCAUGAUUGUUUUUGCCCUUGUUGGUGUUUUGGUAUUACAAGCAGGAUUAUACUAUGCUGAAUGGUAUGAAAACAAAUUAAAGGAAGAAUUCUACAAAGAAGAGGCUGCCGAAGCUGCCGCUGCUGCUGAAAAGCAAGCUAAGGAAGAAGAAGAAGUUCAGGCUGAAACCCAAGAAAAUGCGGAGACUAGUGGAGCAGCUCGUAAGACCAAACAAACUGCUAGAAAGAGAAAGUCAUAGACAAUUCAACCAGUAAGUUUAUCUAUUUUUAUGGGUAUUUGUAAAAUUAUUGUUUACCAUCUGGAUUCUAUAUAGUCUUGUAUAACACCUACAGUAAUAACAUUUUAUUGACAUUUCCGCACGACCUUUUUUUUUCUUUUCGCAGGGAUCCAAUUAGGAUACCAGAAGAUCCAAUUAUCCAAAGAGAAAAAAAAUCAAGAGGAAGCAUUGGAAUAGACAAUACCAUAGUCCUCUGAUUCAAUAUAAAUAACACAUAAUGGCUGCACAUCAGAAAGUUUAUGGAGAUUACCCAGUAUACUAUAAGAAUCCAAUCAGGUGGGCUCGUUAUCACGCUCAUACCAAGCCACAUUUCGUAUUUGCUGUAUUUUUCGCAGUUAGUGCUCCAGUAUUAUUGUUGUUGACUCCAUUAAGAAGAAAGUUCUUAUAUGACGACCACACUCCACUUCCAUAUGUUUACCCUCUCCCAAAUAGACCUAGAGAUAAAAACUUGUCUGGUUAUGAUGAUUAGAGAAAGGGGAAGUUCAGUGAAAAACUUGUUAUGAUAGUGUUUUUUUUGGAUACGUGCAUUAUAAAUGGGAACAGAAAAUAAGGGCCCUUUGAUAUUCUAUUUCUCGUUACUUUGAGGCGUGUUAUAGUAUAUUUUAUAUAAAGUAAUUCUUAUUUCAUGUUAUUUAUAGCAGACGUAAUGGUCGCUUUGUAGGUCGUGCAAAACUCUCAAAUUCUAUUGCCAAAAUUUUUUUUUUUUUGCUCGUAGGAGUACUUCUGACUAUGAAAAAUUUUCGUACUUUAUUUAGAGCUAGUUGUAGUUGCACAAUAUAGAUCCAAAUGAACAGGCUAGCAUUCUAUAUCAGGCCUCUUGUAAGACCACAACCAGUAGCUUGGACAGCUGCGAGAAGUCUCUCACAAACUACACCAUUAUUUUCUUUGUUUGGUAAUGUUACAUCUCCAAAAACAACCGACAAAGCUGAACAAGAACAGAAGGGUCAGGAAAUUCUUAAUUCUGAAGGAGAAAUCGAUAUCGAUAAAAUCACAGUAGAAAAUGACACUGAUUUACAAAAGUUUCAUGCUGAAAGAAAUAAAAAGGAUAGAAUUUCCAUCGACAAGUACAUAACACCAUUAAAAUUGGAACUCUUCAAUAAAGUUGUUGAAGAACAUGGAUUUUACAAGAAUGGACAAGUUGUUCAGCAUGAUGGUAAAACUUUCAAAUUAAACUUGACUCCUAAAGAAAUUGAACUUUUGGAACCUUCAGUAUACCUUGAAUCAACCAGAAUCAAAUCCUCCAUGAAAAAGGCCACUCAAGUUAACAGAUUUGUUAGAGGACUUGAUGUUAAGACUGCUAUUAACCAAUUGCAUUUCAACCCAAAGAAGAUGUCAACUGAAUUAGAAAAGUUAUUGAAGGAAGGUUUGGAGCAAAGUACUAAAUUAGGAUUAAAUCCUGACGGAAUGUACAUUCACAGUUUAUGGACUGGUAGUGAUGGUCAAUGGCCAUGGAGAAUGGAUUUCAAAGGUAGAGGUAGAGGUGGUAUAAUUCUUCAUAGAUACGUUCACUUAAAGUGUAUUUUGAAAUCAGAACAAACCAAAAAGAGAUUAGCAUGGGAAAAACAACAAAAGCAACUUGCAUCUAAGCCAAAGAUGUUCUUAGUUAACGAACCAUUAAAUUUCAGCGUCAGACCAUGGUACAAAUGGUAAAUGAUAUAUAUAUAUACAUAGAAACCUGUACAUACAAAAUAUUAAACAAUAAUUUUUUGCUUGGAGCGCGUUACCUCUGUAAACUAGUUUGACUGUGUUUCAUAUGCAUAUCAAGCUGGUUCUAUUUAUAUAUCGUCUGAAAAAUAUAUGACGCAGUAUCAAAGCUAAAAAAAAAAUCCCUUUGAACACAAAACACAUUCUCGUGACCACUGGGAUAACCAGUAAUUGACAGGGGGAAUUUCGUAAUCCUUUGAAACAAGGAAUGAAAGACAAAAAAAAGAAACACGAAUUUAACUUAUUGUAUGUGGUGGCAGACAGAGGGGUAGUUGCUCCUGUACAGAUCCUCAGGAGUUAAAUCCAUAGAAGUUAAGUUGACUGAUUAUGAAGAUGAAUAAAUAUCAUACACAAGAGUUUUUUUUAUUUGAAAACGUGUUGACUACAAAGUGGUAAGAUCGCAAGGUUAGAUGCUAACGCAUAAUUCUCGGUAUAUUACCCAAUCGGCUUGGCCAACUCCGGGUGAGCUAAUCUUGGGUGCAUGAAAUUCUUGUCCAGAAUUGAGGCUGGGAUGCAGAACUUUAAACUUUGACGGAAUCAUAUGUAAGCCGAGAAACUCCAACGAACACCCACAGAGAAAAUGCAUGUCGGACGCUUUAGGUUGUCUGCUAUUUAGGCUGCCUAUUAACCUUAUUGAAAUACUCCAAUGUAAUAGCUAGUUCAAGUUCUUGAGUCUUAUUACUUUCAACCUGUAACUUUUUUUUUGUGGUUUGUUUCUUAUUCAUAUUUGAUUUUACAAUUUGCGUCCUAAUUGUAUGUGUCUGCAUGUUUAUUUUUAUUGGCUUGCCUUUACAGUCAUUUAAAAUGUAUUUUUAUUUUUUUUUUCUCAUUUAUAUUGGUUGCAUGUAAAAAAAAAAUAUUUUUAUUCCGUCUUUGUUA